AUGGCGGUGCGCCGCAGCGGAGCCAAUGGCGGCGCGGGGGCAUGGCACCCGUGGGCUUUGGCGCUGUGUGAGGGCGGCAGCAAUGGCAGCGAGGAGGCCGGAGCGGGGCGGGCGAUGGGGCCGGGGCUGCUGCUGGCGCUGGCGCUGCUGCAGGGGGGCGGCGGCGAGUGGACGUGCUGCCCCCCCAACCUGAACCCUGGGACAUGCUGCCCCCCCGACCCGCCCGUCUUGUCCCCCCAGGACAUCUUGAUUCCCCAGAUGCCCCCCAAUGUGCCCCCCCGGCCCCUCACUGCACCCCGUGUCCCUGCAGGCCCCCACUCCCUGCGCUACUUCAACACCACCGUGACGGAGCCCAGCCCGGGGCUGCCCGCCUUCAUCUCCGUGGGCUACGUGGACGGAGAGCUCAUCACUCGCUACGACAGCGAGAUGCAGAGAGUGGUGCCGGGCGCGGCCUGGAUGGAGCAGGAGGGUCAGGACCACUGGGACGAGGAGACCCGGAUCAAUCAGGACUGUCAGGAGACUUUCCGUGUGUACCUGGACACGCUGCAGAAGCGCUACAACCAGAGUGGGGGGUAUCACACUGUGCAGCGCACGUACGGCUGUGACCUCCUGGAGGAUGGCGGGACCCGGGGGUUUAUGCAGCUUGGCUACGACGGGAAGGACUUCAUCGCCUUCGACAAGGACACGCUGACAUUCGUCACAGCGGAUGCUGCUGCGCUAAUCACGAAGAGGAAGUGGGAGGCUGAGAAUGAGCCUGAGCGCUGGAAGCACUACCUGGAGAACAGCUGCAUCGAGGGGCUGCGGAGAUACGUGGAGCACGGGAGGGCCGCGCUGGUGAGGGCGAGGCGAGAGCGCCCCACGGUGAGAGUGUCGGCCAAGGAGAGCCACGGCUUCGUGACCCUGUCGUGCCGGGCUCACGGCUUCUACCCGCGGCCCAUCAGCAUCAGCUGGCUGAAAAAGGGCCGCGUCCAAGCCCAGGAGACCAAGCGGGGCAGCGUCACGCCCAAUGGCGACGGCACCUACCAUGCCUGGGCCAGCAUUGAGGGCCUCCCCGCAGAGAAGCACGAGUACCAGUGCUGCAUGGAGCAUGCCAGCCUGCCGGAGCCCGGCCUCUUCUCCUGGGAGCCGCCGAGCUCCCUGCUGCCCGUUGUCCUUGGGGCGGUCAUCGCUGUGGUGGUUGUCAUCGCGGUCUGGAAGAGCAGAUGGGGGAGGAAGGAGCAGGGGUACGCGAUCGCCAAAGGAAGCAAUGCCGCCAUUUAA